AUCCCAGUUCGGAUAAACAAAAUAUUGCGUCACCGUUAUUGUGCUGGUUGAGGCUCCAGCUGCUUGGGGGGGACAUUUCGCCUCCAUUUCGCCUCCGUUCAGGCCUCCAAAAAAAUAAAAUAAAAAAUUAAAACCGUCUCCACGGCAGCCCAGAUGUCGCUCCAGAGGGACGCUUCGUCGGACGAGAGUCUGCAAGGCUCCUGGGUAGAGCUGCAUUUCAGCGGAUCUGGCUCCCAGGGGCCCAGCCACCGAGGAAGCCAGGAACAGAUCCCCACGUCCAGCCAGGAGGGUGACGUGGAGAAAAUGCUCCUGGACGCACAGCACGAGUCAGGCCGGAGCAGCUCCAAGGGAAGCUCCCAGUGCAACAGCCCACUCAGAUCACAGACUCCCCUUCUCCUGUGGAGAGGCUCAGAGGGAAACAGCUCUCAGUCGGAUGAGGACUUCCAAGAGAGGAGACGUGAAGUGGAGAAUCUGAUGAAGAGGAACGCAGACUGGAUUUGGGACUGGUCCAGUCGGCCUGAGAACAGUCCUCCAAAGGAGUUCCUGCUGAAGUACCCCAAGCGCUCGACCUCGCUCAGCAUAAGGAACACCAGCGUCAUGAAGCAGGGCGGCAUUCUCUCGGCUGACUUUCUGAAGAUAUUCCUCCCCUCGCUGAUCAUUUCUCACAUUCUGGCCGUUGGCUUGGGGGUCUUUAUCGGGAAGCGCCUGACUUCCCAUAGCGCCCCCUACUGAGCAGGGGUGCCGGCGUGUUCCGGGACACUGCGCCCACAACCAGUUUGGCAUGCCUUAAAAAAUGGGACCUUGUGAAGAUGAAGGGAGAUGUUGCCAUGUGACCUGUGAUUCUGACUGAUUGCCCCACCACAGCAUGGAGAGCUGAGCAUCUCUGGCUGCCGUGUCGGUGAACGCAGCAGCGACCGACCUGCCGCUCCAUGCUGGAUUCCCCCUGCUCACGGAGACGAUCGCUUCGCUGCUUACAGCUCCUUAAAUCUGCAUGUUAGGGAUCUGAUAUAUAUUAUUAUUAUUAUAUAUAUGAUGUAAAUCACUUUUUUGAAUUUAAUUAAAACCAAACUUGAUUUAUUAUGUGCUAAAUUUGCUGCUUUUUUAGAUCAGCCAUGUGGCAUAAAUCAAGUAAGAAAUGGCACGAUGUAAUAAUAUUAGAACAUGUUCGAAUUUUAAGGAAAUUUGAAAUGCAUUUAAUAAAUGAAUGUAUACAAAAUUGGCAAUGAUCAAAUAUAUAAAUGUUAAAACCAU